UGGCGUUUCCGGGUCGGCGCAGUGGGACGGCUGGGCCUGACGGCAGGCGCGGGCGGAGUGUGAGUCGGGUUUCCUUCAGCUUUCCCGGUCGCCGGCAGCCCGCUUGGGGUCGGUCCCUCCUACAGCCCCUUCACCCACCUUGCGGCACCGUAACGGGGCUUCCCCUCAGGCGGGAGUAGCGCCUCCGCGGCUGGGGCCGGCGGCGUUCGGUGUAGUCGGGAGCCCGGCCGCCGUUGUGCUCCGCAGCGGCAGAGCGAACCCGCGGAGAUGGAUGACGAACCCGAACGGACCAAGCGCUGGGAAGGAGGCUACGAAAGAACAUGGGAAAUUCUUAAAGAAGAUGAAUCCGGAUCGCUGAAAGCGACCGUCGAGGACAUUCUUUUCAAGGCAAAGAGGAAAAGACUCUGUGAACACCAUGGACAAGUUCGACUUGGAAUGAUGCGUCACCUUUACGUGGUUGUUGAUGGAUCAAGAACUAUGGAGGACCAAGAUUUAAAACCGAACAGACUUACUUGCACUUUGAAGUUAUUGGAAUAUUUUGUUGAAGAGUACUUUGACCAAAAUCCUAUUAGUCAGAUUGGCUUAAUUGUAACCAAGAGUAAAAGAGCUGAAAAAAUGACAGAACUUUCAGGUAACUCAAAAAAGCACGUAACCGCUCUGAAGAAAGCAGUGGAUAUGAACUGCACUGGAGAGCCAUCUCUAUACAAUUCCCUAAAUUUGGCCAUGCAGACUUUAAAGCACAUGCCAGGACAUACGAGCAGAGAGGUUUUGGUAGUCUUCAGCAGUCUGACAACAUGUGAUCCAGCCAACAUCUAUGAUCUAAUUAAGUGUUUAAAAGCAGUUAAGAUCAGAGUAUCUGUCAUCGGCCUAAGUGCUGAAGUUCGAGUUUGUACAGUACUGGCCCGAGAAACUGGUGGAACAUACCACGUUAUUUUAGAUGAAAGUCAUUAUAAGGAACUGCUGAUGCAUCAUGUUAGUCCUCCACCCGCCAGUUCAAGUUCUGAGUGCUCCCUUAUUCGAAUGGGUUUUCCUCAGCAUACUAUUGCUUCUGCAGCCGAUCAAGAGGCAAAGCCAUCCUUUAGCAUGGCGCAAUUGGAAAACAGUAGUGAGCCAGGUCUUACACUGGGUGGAUAUUUCUGUCCCCAGUGCAGAGCCAAAUACUGUGAACUUCCUGUGGAAUGCAAAGUCUGUGGUCUUACAUUAGUGUCUGCACCUCACCUGGCCCGGUCUUACCAUCACUUGUUUCCUUUGGAUGCCUUUCAGGAAGUUCCCCUGGAAGAAUAUCAGGGGGAACGGUAUUGUCAAGGCUGCCAGGGAGAAAUGAAAGAUCAAAAUGUUUACAUAUGUAAAGUGUGUCAGAAUGCAUUUUGCGUGGAAUGCGAUUUGUUUGUUCAUGAUUCCCUGCACUGCUGUCCUGGCUGUAUUCACAAGCACCCUGCUCUCAUAUCUGUAUGAUGUCAUCUCUUUUCAGAAAUUGACAUAUCUAUGUCAUUCUUGCAUAAAUCUAUUUUGUUUAUUCAGCCACAGCUUUCGCUGAGGCAUCUCAGAACAAGGAACUAGGUGAUUACAGAAGGAUGAACACUGGCUUCAGAGCAAAUUUUAAGUUUUACCUGAUGUAUUAAUGAUUUUAUUACUGUUAAUAUAUUACUGAAGUAUCUGUAUCUCAUUUAUUUUCUUUGUCCUUAUCUGAAAAGCUCUGGCUUUUUCAGAAUGUUAUUGUAACAUGUAUAUUUGUAAAUGUGAAAGUGAUAAAACUGGUUUGUAUGAUAA